AUGGUGGAAGAAAAUUGCACCGUGGUGACAGAGUUCAUUCUCCAGGGAUUAUCAGAUGUCCCUGAGCUGAAAAUCUUCCUCUUCCUGUUUUUCCUUCUAAUCUAUGGAGUCACAGUUGUGGGCAACCUGGGCAUGAUUGCACUGAUUCAGGUCAGCAGUCAGCUUCACACCCCCAUGUACUUUUUCCUCAGCCACUUGUCCUUUGUGGAUUUCUGUUACUCCACCGUCAUUGUGCCUAAGACACUGGACAAUAUCAUCAACAAGGACAAAGCCAUUUCUUUCCUGGAAUGCAUGGUGCAAUUCUAUUUGUUUUGUGCUUAUGGAAUCACUGAGGUCAUCCUGCUGGCUGUGAUGGCCUAUGACCGGUUUGUGGCCAUCUGCAACCCCCUGCUGUACAUGGUCAUCAUGUCCCAGAAGCUCCGUUUGGAGCUAGUGUCUGGCUGCUACCUGUGUGGAACAGUGUGCUCUCUGAUGCACUUGUGUUUAGCUCUUGAGAUCCCGUCCUAUCAAUCUAAUGUGAUUAACCACUUCUUCUGUGAUCUACCCCCUCUCUUAUCUCUUGCCUGCUCUGAUGUCUCUAUGAAUGAACGGCUGGUGUACAUUGUGACCAUUGUCAAUGAGAGCAUCACCAUUGUGGUCAUCCUCACCUCCUACUUGCUUAUUCUUGUCACCAUCCUGAGGAUGCGCUCUGCAGAGGGAAGGCGUAGAGCGUUUUCCACCUGUGCCUCUCACUUCACAGCCAUAAUUGUCUUCCAUGUAACAAUCCUUUUCAUUUAUUGCAGGCCCAGCUCUAGCAACAGUCUGGACACAGACAAGGUAGCCACAGUGUUCUACACUGUAGUAAUUCCCAUGCUGAACCCCCUGAUCUACAGCCUGAGGAACAAGGAUGUGAAAGAAGCUCUCAGGAAAGUGAUGGGAUUUAAUUUACUCACCAAGGGGCCAUUUUCUUAGCUGGACUUAACCAAAAAACUCAUGGUCAUUGAGUUGAUUAUGACCCAUAGUGAGCCUUAACCAC